GUCAUUUAAGCGCAGACUCCUGCCUUGAGUUGCGUCCUCCGCUUCACGCCCGAUUUCCGACCAUUCUUUCCUUAUUAUUAAGUAUUCCUGUAAUAUUAAUAGUCAUGAAUGCGUUCUAUUAGGAGUCCAAGAGGGAGACGAAGAAGCGGCUCUUUUGCUAAUAUGAGCUCAAGCGAAGGGACGGCAGCACUGUGAUAGAAGCCAGGAGAGCAGGGAGAAAAAGAAGGGUUUACCAAGAGAAACUUUUCGACCCGAAUCCGCCAGCACCGCCGAAUAUCUGCAUUUUUUGCCCCAGAUGAAGGGCAGUGGGGAUCUUACCAUUUAUUUCUGAUGGAUUAUCGUCCUGCUGCUGUGGCACAUAUCUGAGCGCCGGGCCAGCGUGAUCUUACAGGAGAAAAGAAGAGUCUUUUUUCUGGGGGCUAAUUUUUUGUUUUGCUGUUUCAUUCUCUUUGAUCGCCCCGAAAACAUUCAAAGUGUUUUUCGAACUGAAUACUCAGUCGCACCAAAAAUCCUUCGAGAUGUUAGUGCACAGUUUUUCCGCGAUGGACCGUCACGACGGCACCAGCAAUGGGACAGCCAGGCUACCUCAGCUGGGCGGCGUGGGCCAGAGUCCCUACGCGAGCGCCCCUCCGCUUUCUCACACGCCGAACUCGGACUUCCAGCCCCCGUACUUCCCCCCGCCCUACCAGCCCAUCUACCCGCAGUCUCAGGACCCUUACUCGCACGUCAACGACCCGUACUCCCUCAACUCUCUGCACGCCCAGCCGCAGCCGCAACACCCGGGCUGGCCGGGCCAGAGGCAGAGUCAGGAGAGCAGUCUGCUGCACCAGCACCGCAACCUGCCCCACCAGCUGUGCCGGGAGUACCGCAGGGAAGUGCUGCUACCGUCCGGCCACGGCUUAGACACGGGACUGUCAGACUCUAUCCCUAUCCAUGGAAUACCUCACUCUUUAGAAGACGUUCAGUCUGUUGAGGAUCAAGGAAUCCACAUUCCCGACCAGACUGUAAUUAAAAAAGGUCCAGUGUCUUUAUCCAAGAACAACAACAUCUCCUCCAUCCCCGUAAAUAAGGACGGUCUUUUCGGAGGGGUGGUAAACCCCAACGAGGUUUUCUGCUCGGUUCCGGGUCGCCUGUCCCUCCUCAGCUCCACAUCCAAGUACAAGGUCACAGUUGCAGAGGUGCAGAGACGCCUCUCGCCGCCCGAGUGCCUCAACGCCUCUCUGCUGGGCGGGGUACUGAGGAGGGCCAAAUCUAAGAACGGAGGGAGAUCCUUAAGGGAGAAGCUAGAUAAAAUCGGUUUGAAUCUACCUGCGGGAAGACGCAAGGCAGCCAACGUCACCCUGCUGACGUCACUAGUCGAAGGCGAAGCGGUCCAUCUUGCCAGGGAUUUCGGUUAUGUAUGCGAGACCGAGUUUCCAGCCAAGGCAGUAGCUGAAUAUGUAAACCGUCAGCACUCCGACCCGAACGAACAAGUCCAAAGAAAAAACAUGCUAUUGGCCACGAAGCAAGUGUGCAAAGAGUUCACAGACCUCCUGUCCCAGGACCGCUCGCCGCUGGGGAACUCACGGCCGCAGCCCAUCCUCGAACCGGGAAUCCAGAGCUGUUUGACCCACUUCAGUCUAAUCUCGCACGGUUUCGGGACCCCGGCACUGUGCGCGGCCGUCACGGCCCUGCAGAACUAUCUGACCGAGGCUAUCAAAGCCAUGGACAAAAUGUACCUCAACAACAACCCCAACAGUCACUCAGAUAACGGCACUAAAGGGGACAAAGACGAGAAGCACAGAAAGUGAUGUUUCCAUCCCACCUUCACCGAGGGGCCAAACAAACCCAGGGGCCCCUUCUUCUUCUACACCGACCCACAUCCCUCCGCCUCGCCCCGGCCCCCCACCCAUCCAAUAUAAAUAUUAUAAAUACCUUAUAAAUACUAUUGAUAAAGUUAAACGUGCCACUUCCUGAUCUUGCGCGGUUUUACAUGUUUUCUUUUUACAUCCCACUUUGGAUUGACGAGGAAACGACGCAAGAAUCUUCUUCUUCUUCUUCCAACACCUGAACCGUACGAAAUGUUAUUUAAAAAAAGAAAAGAAAAAAAAGCUGCAGAGGAACAGCUCCAGGGCGAGGAAAAGGUGUGUUUGCCUCAGCCAGAGGACUUUUUAUGUACUCCCCGUGUUUUUUUUUAUGAGCUGCAACGAAUGGACUGAAAUCCAGCGAAGCCCUCUAUAUCUCAAUUUCACGAUUGUGACAAAAACGAAGCUAAAAGAGGAUGAAUUCUUAUCAGUAUUGUGAAUAAUAAACUUGAAAAACACAGAGAAAUUCCACAGAGCUCCAUGUCAUGACUUCAGUUGUAGACUCUCUCUCUCCACGCGACCAACUUGAACUUUUUGAAUUUCAACACGAUUCACGGUUAUAUAAGGGAAUCAGUGUUCAUGUAUGUAUAUAUUUAUUUAUGUGUAAUUUAAUGGGAAUUGUAAAUAUGGUGCGUCUGUUGAAACUUCUUUUUUUAUUUAUCUGGUGCCUCCUGUUUUAGUGGGUUUGAAUAUUCGGUUAGUUCUUCAUGUGAUUUUAUGGUUCUUAGAAAAACAGAAGUUUGGGGUAUUUUUUAUUUCUCUGGGAUAUUUCAAUUCAGCCCUCUUGUAGCAUGUUGAGGCGACAUUGAAGCAAGUGAACAAAUUGAAUAGAAAUAAAACUUCCAUUUCUCUCUAUAUAUAUCAUCCUUAUUCAGUUUUUUUAAUUUGAGACAGAGCAUACGUGAGACCCUGAGGGGAACUGUUUUUUUGUGUUUCUAUUUUCGUUUUUAUACAAGCUUUUAUGUGUUGUGCCAAUCAGAAUACGUUUCACCUCUUGUUCUCUCCUUGAAGCACCAUAAAAGCAAUAAAUGGAAUAUUGUCUUUUUUUAAAUGUUGGAAGACAUUCAAAAAACAUUUUUUGGGACCACCUGGUAUCUUGUUCUGUCCGAUAAUGUCCAAAAUUGGAGGCGGUUUUAGCUGUAUUGUAUAGACAUGUGCUGGCAAUAGUUCCCAUGCCUGUCAAUGUAUUAUAGUCCUUUGUUGCCCAGAAAAAAAAUAAAUAUUUGAUACGCUU